AUGGAGACCGUCCAACAAGUUGCUCAAACCGCACAGCAGGCCGUUCAAAGUGCAUCGAACGCCGUCUGGAACGAGAUCGAUGCCCUUCGUAGCGGCCAGGAGACCGAACAGCGAGUUCCUCAGCAACAACAACAGCAUGGAGACGAGCCCAUGUCCGGCAUCCAGGGCAAGGGAACCGCUACCGACCCCUAUGAUGCAGGCAACCGAGACGAACAACUUGGAGCCCCCAUCUCCAAGAACAACACCGCUGUCAUGACCGAGCCACUCUCUUCCACAAUGCCCGGCACUUUCCAGGACAAGUAUCAGAACCCCAACGCAAACAGGGAUGGCAAGGCCGCCCUCGUCACAUCCAACAUCGGUCCCUCGAACCCAUCCAUCCAGCACCCUGACCCUGUUGUUGGCAAGCAGCACACCUCAGGCCCCGCGGGCAAGAGCAUCCUCAAGGACGAGCCUCUCAGCACCCACGGAAGCACCCUGAAGGACGAGCCUCUCAGCACACACGGAAGCACCCUGAAGGACGAGAGCCUCACCUCUCGUCCCAAGCCCAGCGAGCCUACCACUGCCUAUGACACACGAUCUGCCAACGCCGCACAUGCUGCAGAGAAGGUAAAUGAGGCUGGUUCCAGUGCUGGUCUCGGCUCAGGCGUUGCUGCUGGAGCUGGAGCUGGCUCUCUCUCCGGUUCUACUGCUGCCCCCACUGCUAAGCCUUCCUCCGAGCAGCGAGGUAACCUCUCAUUUGGCCACGCCCAGAGCGUGGGCCCCAAGGACGAGGAACCCUCCACCUCCGGCCUUGGUGCUACCGGCAGCCUGAGCCAGUCCAAGGACAAAAAGCCCUCCACCUCUGCCACCCGUGCAUCCGAGACCGUGGGCGAGAGCAAGGCCAAGCAGCCUUCCGGUGCCGGCCUUAGUGCCGGCCAGGCCCCCAAGAGCGUGACGGAGACCAGCGCUGGACCUCAAGCUACAGGUGCCGGUGCCGCGCCCACGAACGUCACCAAGGACGAGGUCGAGCGCAAGGAGCCUUCUACCUCUGGCCCCAAUGCCGGUGACAGUGCUGAGACCGCCAAGUCUGGCGAUUCCGAGGCGUCUACUCACGACGUCGCUGAGAAGAACGGUGUCAGCGAAGAGGCCCUCCGUGGCCCCGAGUGCCCUCCCCCUCGUCAGUCCUACGAGAACCAGAUGAAGGGUGUGUCUGAGAAGAAGGACGACUCUAAGACGACGAAGAGCGAUGACAAUGACAAGAAGGAGAAGCACCACUCGAGCAUGAAGGAGAAGCUGAACAAGGUUCUCCACCACCACUAA